ACACGCUGCUCCCCCUGAUGCGGGGUGGGCAAGAGUAUUGAUUGGUUGCCGUGGUCGCCGUCGUCGUAGGCGCCGUGCAAAAGGGUGGCGGAAUCGCCAGGCGCCAUCACGCGGGCCCGCCGCGACCGUGUCGUCGAGAAGGGCGUCCAGCCAGCGUCCGGCCGCGGUCUCGACUCGCCGAAAAGAUGGUCAUGAUGGCUGGCAUGGACGACCAUGAGCGCAAAGUCGUUCUCGAGUUCUGUCAUCUGCUCGAGAAGAGCAAGCAGCUGUUCAACGGGCUGCGCGACCUGCCGCAAUACGGGCAUAAGCAGUGGCAGGGUUAUUUCGGGCGGACCUUCGACGUCUACACGAAGCUGUGGAAGUUCCAGCAACAGCACAGAACAAUAUUGGACACGAAGUACAAUCUAAAAAGAUGGCAGAUCGGUGAAAUCGCCAGCAAGAUCGGUCAGCUCUACUACCACUACUACCUGCGUACCAGCGAGACGAGCUACCUGCACGAGGCCUACUCGUUCUACGCAGCGAUACGCGGUCGCGCCUAUUACAGCCGCGCUGCUAAGGAGGACAGGAGCGAUCUGAUGGUGAAGAAGCUCAGGUACUACGCCCGCUUCAUCGUCGUCUGCCUCCUGCUGAACCGUAUGAAGCUCGUGCGGGAGCUCGUGCAGGAGCUCGAUGCCCAGAUAGCCGAUUACACCAGCACCUACGAGCCGGACGAUCAGCUCGAGUGGAACCUCGUCCUCGACGAGAUCAAGGCCUUCGUCAAGGCCGAGUCCGCGGUCGGUGUCCUACACUCGGACUCGAACCCCAUCGUGUUGACCCACAGGCUCGGUCCGCAGACCUGCCCGCCCGUCGAACGAUCGCCACCCAUGUGCCUAUCUCUUCAAGAGAUCCUAAUAGUCGGCAAUUGCGCCGAUCAGGUGAAGUUCAGUGAGUUGUCGAUGGACAUGUUUAGAAUGCUGCAGACGCUCGAGCGGGAGCCUAGGGACGACCCGAAUCACCUGCACGACGCCUCGCCGGCCGGCCGGAUGCCCUUUAGACCUGGACCCUAUCCUGGACCGGAGAACGGCGCGCCGAGACGCGACAAUCCGCACAAGUACCUGCUGUACAAGCCAACCUAUAGCCAGGUGCAAGUGUUCCUCGCGAGUGGCUUCAAGGAGCUACCGGCGAACGGCGCGUUACUGCUGUACCUGUCGGCGGACGGCUGCUUCUCCACCGUCAAGCACCCCGAAGAAAUGGGGUACGACCUGGGCGGCGUGUCCACGUGCAGCAAGAGGGAUCCAGAGCACGGGAAGAGGCCGGCCGGCGGCAAGGAGCCGCACUGCCUGUACCCUGGCGAUCUGUAUCCCUUCACCAGGAAGCCGCUCUUCGUCGUCGUCGACUCGGACAACAGCUUCGUGUUCCAGCAGAUACCGCGUUACUUCGGUCAACCACUGAUGGUGCUAAUGUCGCCGCAGGACGUGCCGCCGACUUUGCGCGAUCUGCGACACGGUGGCAGCCUGUUCACCCUCUUUCUUCAUGCCCCCCUCGCCGCCUUCUGCCUUAUAUGCAACAUCGGGAGCCUGCCCGUGCAACAUUGGGAGCGCUGCCAGCGUCACAUCGAGCGAUUUCUUAACGAGGCCAGUCAGCUCGUAACGCGUUCCCGAUGCGAGACCAGCGUGCUGCAGUUCUUCGGCGACGACUUUCUGCGGUUGCUGCUGGUGCGUUACGUGUUCUGCGACGUGGUGUUGAACCUGCACCGGUCGUUCAGGGGUCGUCAGCAGAGGCCGCGUUGCCAUCCGCCUCUGCCGGACGCGGAGGUCCUCGAGCACCCGAAUCUCCAUCACCUGGUGCUCGACCUGGCCGCCUGUCUGGACGUCCGCGACCACUUUCCGGACAGCAACGAGCUCGCCUGACCCCGGCAUUUACCCUGCUCGGCCCCCGACACGACGUCCCUGUUACCAUCUCACAACCACGAUUACGA